UUCUCACUGGAAGCCUGCGUGAGAUGCCGUAAGCAGCUGGGGCGGUGAGGACCGCAGCGGCGACAACAGUGGCCAAGUCUGCCUGUCAUUUCUGCCUUCAGAUCUCCGGCAAGUCAGGAAAAAAUAAGAAACAGCUGGCCUCCGAGAGAGCAAGCUGCCCAGAAACUCAGCCCCGAUUUCUGACAAACAUCGGUUGUAAGAAGACGGAGACUGAAGAGAAGCUCCAAUUCCAAGUCGGGAGGACCUCCACGUUUCCACGAAUUACAAAUGAAAUUGACUAGUCUUUCUACAAGCAUUGUAUAUUUAAUCAGGACAUCCCCGGAAAACCAAGCUAAGGCUGACUAUUGUUUUUCCUUCUCCGCCCAAAAGGAAUCCUCCAGAACUUACUUUUAGGUGACCCAGGAGAGACUCAGUCUCGGAGCGGCCGAGGAGCUCCUGGUGCAGAGGAGCCUCACGCGCAGAAUCCCAGCCAGCCCUCGCCUCCUUUUACACUUCGGGCCCCUUUUAUCCUUUCCUACCUAUUUUUUUGGAAUUUCUUUUUUCUUCGUCUUCUUCUCUUUGCUAAACUACCCCUCAAAGAAUUUUUUUUUUUUUGAAAUCUCAUUUGCUCACCUUUCUUCCUAGCUUUCCCAUUCCCCCACUGAAAACAAAUCCUUAAACGACCCCUGCUCCUCCGACGGCAGGAGCACCUGCAGAGCCGCGGAGCCCCCCCGGACCGCCCUCCCUCUCCGCGCGCGGGUUCCGGGCCCGGCGAGAGGGCGCGAGCGCAGCCUGGGCCAUGGAGGUGACGGCGGACCAGCCGCGUUGGGUGAGCCACCACCACCCCGCGGUCCUCAACGGGCAGCACCCGGACACGCACCACCCGGGCCUCGGCCACUCCUACAUGGACCCGGCGCAGUACCCCUUGCCCGAGGAGGUGGAUGUACUUUUUAACAUCGACGGUCAAGGCAACCACGUCCCGUCCUACUACGGAAACUCGGUGAGGGCCACCGUGCAGAGGUACCCUCCGACCCACCACGGGAGUCAGGUGUGCCGUCCCCCUCUCCUGCACGGAUCCCUGCCCUGGCUGGACGGCAGCAAAGCCCUGGGCAGCCACCACACCGCCUCGCCCUGGAACCUCAGCCCGUUCUCCAAGACGUCCAUCCACCACGGCUCCCCGGGGCCCCUGUCGGUCUACCCCCCGGCCUCAUCCUCCUCCCUGUCGGCGGGUCACUCCAGCCCGCACCUCUUCACCUUCCCGCCCACCCCGCCGAAGGACGUCUCCCCGGACCCGUCCCUGUCCACCCCGGGCUCGGCCGGCUCGGGCCGCCAGGACGAGAAGGAAUGCAUCAAGUACCAGGUGCCGCUGCCCGACAGCAUGAAGCUCGAGUCGGCGCACCCCCGCGGCAGCAUGACCACCCUGGGAGGGGCGGCGGCGUCUGCCCACCACCCCAUCACCACCUACCCGCCCUACGUCCCCGAAUACGGCUCCGGACUCUUCCCUCCCAGCAGCCUGCUGGGGGGCUCCCCCACCGGCUUCGGAUGCAAGUCGAGGCCCAAGGCGAGGUCCAGCACAGAAGGCAGGGAGUGCGUCAACUGCGGGGCGACGUCCACCCCACUGUGGCGCCGAGAUGGUACCGGUCACUACCUGUGCAACGCCUGCGGGCUCUACCACAAAAUGAACGGACAGAAUCGACCCCUUAUUAAGCCCAAGCGAAGGCUGUCGGCAGCGCGAAGGGCAGGUACGUCCUGUGCAAACUGUCAAACCACAACUACGACUCUCUGGAGAAGAAAUGCCAACGGGGACCCCGUCUGCAAUGCCUGUGGGCUCUACUACAAGCUGCACAAUAUUAACAGACCCCUGACCAUGAAGAAGGAAGGCAUCCAGACCAGAAACCGAAAAAUGUCUAGCAAAUCCAAAAAGUGCAAAAAGGUGCACGACACGCUGGAGGACUUCCCCAAGAGCAGCUCGUUCAACCCCGCCGCCCUCUCCAGACACAUGUCCUCUCUCAGCCACAUCUCCCCCUUCAGCCACUCCAGCCACAUGCUGACCACGCCCACGCCCAUGCACCCGCCGUCCAGCCUCUCCUUCGGACCCCACCACCCUUCCAGUAUGGUCACCGCCAUGGGCUAGAGUCCCAGCUCGAAGCUCAAACGAUCUGCCGCCAGAUUUCCCUCCAGCCCCUUCUACGUGCAUUUUCGCAGGAGCAGUUAUCACGAAGCUGAAACCCCAUGGAUAUAGGCUUUUGAAGGCAGAAAGCGAAGCGACAUUGCCACUUGGACGGAGGAGCCCACGCGGUGUCUGUGUCCUGCAUCCCUGAAUUUGGACCCCAUUUGUGAAUAAGCCAUUCAGACUCAUCUUCCCUAAGGAACAGGGUCUCUCUAGUGCUGUGAAAAAAAAAAAUAAUAAUCGCGGAACUUUGCAUAUAAGUUAUAUUGUAAGAAGGACUGCACAUUGGAAGAAGAAGACUUUACUGCAUCCGGGUAGCUGUCAGAAAGGCAUGAAGGACGCCGAGAGUUUUGAGGACGAUGGGGAGACUCGAGGGUGGACAUGAAGAAGAAUCCAGUCUGAGAUCCAAACGGACAAACUGCCAGAUUUGCUUCCUUUUGCUGGUCACAGUUGUUUGAUGCAUUAAGACGGGGGGGAAAAAAAAAAGGAAAAAAAGAAAAAAGAAAAAAGUCGUAGGCAAAUCAUUCGUUCCCAGCUGCGGGGGCCUCUGCGUAGGAAAUUGGGUCCCUCGGGGUGAGGCGUGAGCAUCCCCAGGUUGUCCCAGAGGGACCCGGUGGACUUUCCCAGGUCCCCCUGCUCUGUGAACAAGUCCUUGUAAUUGUUGUUUGUAUGUAUAAUUCAAAGCACCAAAAUAAGAAAAGAUGUAGAUUUAUUUCAUCCUAUUAUACAGACUGAAUUGUUGUACAAAUUUAUUUACUGCUAGUGUUAAGAACUGCUUUUUUUUUUUUUUUUUGGUUUUUGUUUGACUCUUUUUCCUUCUCUCUCAGUUUUUUGGUUGAAUAAACUAGAUGACAUUGACUCGACCUAAGCUGGUUGUGCUCCAGAAGGCUGAUUUUUCCAUUUUGUUUUCCGAUAAUAUUUAUUAAAUAGCUUCUAAGGGUACCGUGGCACCUGUCCUUUGACGCCAUCCCCCCUUCCCGCAGCCUCUGCUACGAGGGUAGCAGUGUCGUGUGUGCUCCCCGCGUGCAUGUCAGCGGCCCAGGCCCCACAGCCCCGGGCCUGGGAGCAGCCUGGCUGAAUGUUAGCACCUCUUGUGUUCCGUGCUAGUGAUCGCUGCCUUUCCCGCCGUCUGUUGGCGUAAUAAUAGAAAAAGAAGUCAUAAAGUGAAAAUAGUUCACAAACAACCACGUCGCAUCGUUAUCAAGAGCGGCGGCCAAGCUCUUCUAGAAUCUGGGAGCUCCAGCUAAUUGAUGCACGAGGAGUGGAAAGAAAACUAACGAAGCCCAAGCGGGUUCUGUGACCCACUAGGACGUAGUGCAAACCCCGAGUAGUCGACGGGGCUUUGUUUGGGAAACUGGGCAUCUUUGGAGCACGAUGCAGCCCGGAGGAAGGGAUGCCGGGAUGCUGGGAUCCGGGGGCAGCUGUAACCGCUGUGGUCCCCCCCCUCCCUGUGAGCCCCUCGCCCUCCUCCUGGGGUCCCCUCGAGGAGAAACAGGAGGAUUUCUCGGGGAGAUCCUCAGCGGGCUGCGGCUGAGGGCUUCCUCCUGGUUCUGUGUGAGAUGGAAGGGAGCUGGGCUGCCUCUUUUGCUGAUCUUCUGUCGAAUGGAAUAACACCACAGCGAAGGCUUUAUUGGAAUGUUUGCGCAACAUGAAAUAAUCGUUUUGUAACUUAUGCUGUAUAGUUUCCUUUGACUCUGUUGACAGAAUGUGUAACGCUGGCACACAUUUGAAAAAAAAAAAAAAUCUCUGUUAAUCGCCUCUUCUUAGCACCUAUUUCAAACCUAAAGCUCAAUGUUGAAAUAAAGAAGUAGAGAAUUACUGAGAUGCA